GACAGAAUGCAUCACGAGUGACGCACGAAAAAACAAGUGCUUAUGUCAGUGUGGUUAAGUUCGGUAUGAUAUUCCUGAUAAUGUCAUUAGUUACGAUGUGAAGGCUAUCAUGCAAAUACAAGGAAUGAGACUCUUCGGUUCGUUCUGCAUUUUCGUUUUGCUCGGCUUUAAAGUGUCCUGUGAGAUCGGUGGAGGCCAUUUGUUUAAAUUUAAGAUACGAAACUCCUUCAUCGAUCCAAGCAUCGGUGCGGACGUAUUUUUCGAAAUUAUAUAUCCGCCGGAGUUGGAGUACACCUACAAAUUGAGACCUGCAAAAGAUUUUGGUGCCCCUUUCAAUGCAAGUUUCUUGGAAGAGAGAAUCCCUUUGGUUCCAACAGAUCCUCCUCAUGGCUGUCAGAUAACAAAAAACGCCAAAGAAUUGAAAGGUAGAAUCGCGUUAGUCGACAGAGGUGACUGCAGCUUCUUUGCAAAAAGCAUAAUGGCCGAAGAAGCUGGAGCAAAGGCUGUAAUCAUAGCAGAUUAUCACUCAUCUCUCGAAGAAUCGAUAACUAGCCCGUUAUGGGCAGAUUAUUAUGUAGAUAUGAUACGUGACAAUACCGUUCCAUCCUCCAAAUCUGUGAACAUUCCUGCUGGAUUUUUACUUGGUAAGAAUGGUAAAAUGAUUCGGCAAACUUUGAAACGUUUAAAUCAACCGUAUGCCUUGAUCAAUAUCCCGGUGAACUUGACUUAUAAUUUUUUAAAUAAAUUGCACCAGCCGCCGUGGUCAAUUUGGUGAUUCUUGAUAGUUUUAAAUACGCAGGUGAUGAAAUUUUUAAUUGCAACCGCAAAGCUGCUAUCAAAGAACAUGGGGUUAACCAAGAGGGAAGUAAUCGUGUAGACAAUUUAUUAUGUAUUGUAAUUGUAAAAAAUAAAGAUUUCAUUUUUUUUU